GACGGAACGCUUCUUUCAACAGCAGCAACAGUUAGUCAGCCACCUCGGUAGCUUGUUAGACAAAAUAGCCGAACCAAUAAAGCUCUUUAGACGCUUUCGUGGGUAUUAGCCACUGUGUUUUAAAGUUAUCCGAUUUAUGUUGUUAUUAUUCAGCUAGCGGGCUGGUUAAGUUAGCAUUAGCCUAGCUAGCUAACAUCUCCGACCAUGAGUUCACUAAGCUACUCUCCUUCUGCUAAAGAAGAGGAUGUCUGCUGGACGGAGAAAGAAGCUCUCGUCAAAGAGGAGGAGGAAGAGAAGGAUGUCACAGUAAAACAAGAAGUUGAGAGUGAGGCUGUUAUAGUUAAAGAAGAGAAAGACGAUUCAGUGAAAGAGGAGGAUGUUACAGUAAAAGAAGAGGAGGAAGAGAAGGAUGUUACAAUACAAAAACAAGUAGAGAGUGAGGCUGUUACAGGGAAAGAAGAAGAGAAAGACGUUUCGGUGAAAGAAGAGGAAGACGCGUUCAGAGUGAAGGAGGGGGAGGAUGUUACAGUAAAAGAAGAGGUGGAUGCAGUUUUUGAAGUGAAAAGGGGGGAGAUUACGGCCACAUCGGAAGAGGAGGAAACUGGAUAUCUGGGCCCGAUUUCCCAAACGCAAUUUAAGGCAUCCAGUGGUUCUAACGAUGAACUUAGCCAUAAGAUGGUUUUGAGAAACCGGGCCGUGAUUACCACUGGAGAGAUACGGGACUAUCGUGGAUCCUCUGGGGAGCCUCAACAACAUCAUGAUACUGACGAGGCAGAGCAGUGUCUCUCCGCAUCAGAACACCUCAAGAAACACCAGCAGAGACCCACAGGGAAGAAAUCUAUUUGCUGCUCUGCCUGUGGGAAAUGUUGCAAAUCUUCAUCAGAACUUAAAAUACACCAGCAAGUCCACACAGGAGAGAAAUCAUACUGCUGCUCUGACUGCGGGAAACGUUUCUCAAGAUCAAAUUCACUAAAAGUACACCUGAGAAUUCACACUGGAGAGAAAUCUCACCACUGUUUUGAUUGUGGGAAAAGUUACUUAAGAUUAAAAUCACUAAAAGUACACAUGAGAAUUCACACGGGAGAGAAACCUUAUAGAUGUGAUCAAUGUGGGAAGAGUUUUACUAUAUCUAGCUGUCUGACUAUACAUCGGAGAACACAUACAGGAGAAAAACCAUAUAGCUGUACUCAAUGUGGGAAGAGUUUCACUACAUCUAGCCAAUGGAUUGUACACCAGAGAACACACACAGGAAAGAAACCUCUUAGCUGUACUCAAUGUGGGAAGAGUUUCACUCACUUAGGCAGCCUGUUAUCACACCAGAGAAAACACACAGGAGAGAAAUAUUAUAACUGUGAUCAAUGUGGGAAGACUUUUACUCAGUCAAGCAACCUGGUAUCACACCAGAGAACACACACAGGAGAGAAACCUUAUAGCUGUGAUCAAUGUGGGAAGAGUUUUACUAAAUCGAGCAGUCUUAUUGUACACAAGAGAAUACACACAGGAGAGAAACCUCAUAGCUGUGAUCAAUGUGGGAAGAGUUUUGUUACAUCUAGCCGUCUUAUUGAACACCAGAGAACACACACAGGAGAGAAACCUCAUAGCUGUGAUCAAUGUGACAAGAGAUACUCUGAUAAAAGAUCGCUGAUCAAACAUCAGAAAAUACAUACAUGAAGGAGUUGUUUCAUGAUAUCAAUGAAAUGUCACAGUGUAGAAUGUUUUAACAUUGUAGUAGGAGUAUUUUAAUUAUGUCACAAUGGAGAACCCUAAUUGUUUGCCCCCUGUUCUAUUGAUUUCAGCGUGAUAUGAGCUUCAUCAGUAGAAACAUCUUUGUACUUUGCUCCGUUCAUCUUUCCCUCAAUCUUGACUAGUCUACCAGUCCCUGCCACUGAAAAACAUCCCCACAGCAUGAUGCUGCCACCACCGUGCUUCACCGUAGGGAUGGUGCCUGGUUUCCUCCAGACGUGAUGCUUUGCAUUCAGGCCAAAGAGUUCAAUCUUGGUUUCAUCAGACCAGAGAAUCUUGUUUCUCAUGGUCUGCGAGUCCUUUAGGUGCCUUUUGGCAAACUCCAAGUGGGCUGUCAUAUGCCUUUUACUGAGGAGUGGCUUCCAUCUGGCCAAUCUAUCAUAAAGGCCUGAUUUGUGGAUUGCUGUAUAGAUGGUUGUCCUUCUGGAAGGGUCUCCCAUCUCCACAGAGAAACUCUGGAGCUCUGUCAUUGUGACCAGCGGGUUCUUGGUCAUUGAACAUCCCUUCUCCCCUGAUUGCUCGGUUUGAAGAGCCUUGGUGGUUCCAAACCUCUUACAUUUAAGAAUGAUGGAGGCCACUGUGUUCUUGAGGACCUUCAAUGCUGCAGACAUUUUUUGGUGCCUCGACACAAUCCUGUCUCAGAGCUCUAAGGACAAUUCCUUUGAUCUCACGGCUUGGUUUUUGCUCUGAAAUUAACUGUGGGACCUUAUAUAGACAGGUGUGUGCCUUAAGAAAUCAUGUACAAUCAAUUGAAUUUACCACAGGUGGACUCCAAUUAAGUUGUAGAAACAUCACAAGGAUGAUCAAUGGAAACAAUAUGCACCUGAGCUCAAUUUCGAGUCUCAUAGCAAAGGGUCUGAAUACGUAUGUAAAUAAGGUAUUUCUGUUUUUCGCUUUGUCAUUAUGGGGUAUUGUUUGUAGAUUGAUGAGGAAAAUAUUAUUUAAUCCAUUUUAGAAUAAGGCUGUAACGUAACAAAAUGUGGAAAAAGUCAAGGGGUCUGAAUACUUUAUUGGUUUACUGUUAGAAUAAGUUGUAUGACUACACCAAUACUGUUAAAGCAACGAUUCACAGACCUAGAGAUCCUGCUAGAGAUCUAGCUACUGGGUGUGCAGGUUUCUGUUCCAGCCCUGCCCUAUCACCUGACAUUGUGUUGAUUAUUUGGAUUAGACACUAUCCAACUAUUCAAUCAUGUCUUGUUUUGGAGUCAGAUGGAUGUCUAAAUCCACUACCCAUUUCCACAGGUGUUCUUUAUGAUAGGAAAUAAAGUGGUGAUUCACAGAAUGAAGUAUAGUGGGUCAUUGAACAUUCCCUGUUUGUCUGUUUCAUGUGGUUGUUACUUUGAUUUUGCACAAUCACUGUCUGGCUGACAGUCUGAGUCAAUCUAGAACCCACAGAAUGAAUGUUGUGGAUAUUUAAUUCUGCUUAUUUUAAGCUUUAUUUUUACUAGGCAAGGCAGUUAAGAACAAAUUCUUAUUUACAAGGACAGCCUACCACGGAACAUUGGGUUAACUGCCUUGUUCAGGGGCAGAACGACAGAUUUUUACCUUGUCAGCUCGGGAUUCGAUCCACAAACCUUUUGGUUUCUGGCCCAAUGCUCUAACCACUAGGCGACCUGCUGGCCCAUAGGUGUGUCCAUUGCAGACAUGAUGGAUUCGUAUUGGCUUCAUAGACAUGUCCAUUGCACUUGUUCAUGUGGUUUGUAAUUUUGAUACUGAAACAGGAUUGGCUAAUCCUCCCAUACUGUAUCCAUUUUGCUGAGAUGUUUUCUCCAUUUGAAAUGAUACUGUUAGAAAUGGGUAAAGCACUCACACAUCUGUGAACUUGUGUUCAUCAUUAGUUAAUAACUUGAAAGAAAACAAAACGUCAGAAUGUGGGGGGAAAUGAACUAUAUUCUGGUAAUCCGAACAGUUGAAAAUAUGCGGUGGUACUUAAUGAAUAUGAUGUCAUCUGAGACAUUCUCACCAAUGACAAGAUGACAAACUCUACAGUGGAAAGUCUACACGUCAGAGUUAUCGGAUUCACAUGGAAUUGUUGUUCAAUUUAAAUGUUUGAAUAUGCAAUCAGUGGCCCUCCCCUGUGAAGGGACAAGGGCUAUAAAACUAUUCAAACACAUCCUCCUCUCCCUUCCUAUAUAAAGCCCUGACAACAGAACUUCCUGUUCCAAUGAGGUAGGAUGACGAUCCUAUGGUUCAGAAAAUAACUACAGGACAAAGCCAACAUCAGCAGGAGCUUUGGUUGCGAAUGGUAUGAACUUUGAACUCUUAUUCACUACAGAAGUGAUACCUCCUAGCUGUUGGGUUAGCGACCGCAGGUUAAGAAGGAACAGACAGAGUAUUCCGUCUAUCACACAACGAAGUUACUACAACGUAUCCAAUUGACAACCAGAGACAUUCUUCAAAGGACAGAGGACUCGGUUUGGCAACACGGCCUUCCAUCUACCACCAACCUACUGAAGCGCAGCUCAGAGUAAAUAUUUAUUGCAUUUUCCUUUUCCAAAUGGGCGGUAAUUUAGAAUGCAUAAGAUACUGUAUUUACGAUAACACAGCUUCGCCUUUGUUCCUGUCUUCCUUCUCUUUCACUCAACCCAGCCCCUUUUCCUUUGUGUAACAAGCCGUCAUAUCUGUUCCGUCCGCUAGGGACGUUUUCCUAUGACGUAAUUUGUAAUUAAGUUAUUUAAUUAUGUGUGAAUAGUUAGGUAUUUAGUAGAUAAAUGAUUAAACCCAAAUUUGUAUUGCUGAUUCAAUUUGUUAUCCAGGGUUCUUUCAGAUUAUGAGACUGAAGAUUAAUGUAAAAUAUUACUAGGUCUUUAAGAGUUUAUUCUGAAGAUAGCAGCUCUAUAAAUAUUAUUUUGUGGUGCCCGACGCUCUAGUUAAUUACAUUUACAUGAUUAGCUCAAUCAGGUGAUAUUAAUUACGGAGAAAUUAUUUUAUAGAAUAGCAUGUCAUAUCACUUAAUCUGGCAUAGCCAAAGACACGACACUGUGUUACAGCUGCUUUCCUACUCAAUGCCAUGUACUAGACCAGGUACUGUGUUACAGCUGCUCCCUCCUCCUCAAUGUCAUGAACUAGACCAGGUACUGUGUUACAGCUGCUCUCUCCUCCUCAAUGACAUGAACUAGGUCCAAAGCUCAACCUAAACUCACUGAGAUGAGGUCCAAAGCCCUCUCCUCCACAGUUUCCCUAAACUCACUGAGAUGAGGUCCAAAUCCCUCUCCUCCGCGGUUUCCUCAACCUAAACUCACUGAGGUGGUUUAGUUAACCACAUGAGUAACCUUGCCUGAAGACUUGUUAGGUUCCCAAGCACUUGGUGUCCAUGUUUCAUGGAAAGAGACAGCAAAGUUAAGCCCAGAGUGUAGCAGGUGGACAUUGGGUUUAAUUCAGACCCUGUCAGUGUGCCAGGUUAUCAUUGGGUUUGAUUCCGUCCCUACCAGUGUGCCAGGUGGACAUUGGGUUUGAUUCAGACCCUGUCAGUGUGCCAGGUGGACAUUGGGUUUUAUUCAGACCCUGCCAGUGUGCCAGGUGGACAUUGGGUUUGAUUCAGACCCUGUCAGUGUGCCAGGUGGACAUUGGGGUUUGAUUCAGACCCUGCCAGUGUGCUAGGUGGACAUUGGGUUUUAUUCAGACCCUGCCAGUGUUGCCAGGUGGACAUUGGGUUUGCUUCAGACCCUGCCAGCAUGGCCAGAAAUGUAUUCCAAGGUCAUUAACUUAUAACCACAGAACCACCCCAGCCCUUUCAUGCAUGACCAGGUUUACUGCCAUGGUCUAAUAUGUCCAUUCACAAUGCUGGCUGAGGUACGAAUAAAACAUGACAUAUUAUUUCCUAACCAUUCACAAUGCUGGCUGAGGUAUGAGUAAAACAUUACAUAUUGUUUCCUAACCAUUCACAAUACUGGCUGAGGUACGAGUAAAACAUGACAUAUUAUUUCCUAAUUGUCAAAAAAUCCCCACUCCUUAAUCAACUAGUCUCUCACUAUUUAACCAGAAUAACAGGAGUUGUGUCAUUCAAACUGUUCGUCCAUAAUAAACUAGUCUCUCACUGUUUAACCAGAAUAACAUUGUUUGCUGGGCUCCCCGUUUGUGCCAUCAAUUUAUCCAGAACGCCGCAGCCCGCCUGGUGUUCAACCUUCCCAAGUUCUCCCAUGUCAUCCUGCUCCUAUGCACACUCACACUACAAGGUGUUUGCCUACGGAGCAGCAAGGGGAACUGCCCCUCCCUACCUUCAGGCUCAAACCCAACGCCCCGACCGAGUAGUUUAUAGUUUGGGUUCUGACGGGGUACGGCGGUUGAACAAAACUCAAGAAACAAGUUAUAUUCUUCAAUAAUCAAUGGGUACAUAUAAUGCAUUCAUGAGUGGAACAAACUGAUGUAGCAAGUGCAGAUCACCACUUUAUUUUUAAAAAUAUGACAAAGUUGUUUUUGUCUUUAGGCUAGCUAGUUAGCGAUGGUGCGCGCUGAUAGCGGUUCAAUCGGUGACGUCACUCGCUCUGAGCCCUUGAAGUAGUGGUUCGAUGCUUCGGGGGAGGCAGUUGUCUGUGCAGAGGGUCCCUGGUUCAAGCCCAGAUUGGGGCGAGGAGAGGGACGGAAGCUAUACUGUUACAGAUGGUCAGUCUGCGUCCUGAAAUCAGAGUGAAACUGACCAGAGGUACUUCAGAUGGUUUCCCCAUCAGCUGGUGAAGAUGCAGGACACAGACAAGGUCACAAUGUUGAUAUAUCCUCUGAGUCCUAUUUUCUGUUUUGGUAAACUAGUUGGCUAGUAUGAGGUUUCUGUGUUAUGCACUCUAGUCCGUUACCAUAUAUGUGAUUGAAUAUUAUCUGCUGUUGGCUUGUGUGGAUGUAUGUAUGUGUUUUGCAACAUAGCUGACUUGAAACAUUGUUAACAGUUUCAGAGCCAUGGGCCUUUCUCAUGAUGGAAAAAUACAGAAUAACAUGAAGAAAGGAACUGUGCAAUGAAUUGGGGGGCACAUUCAGAAUGUAGUGUUGUGAGAACAAACAGUAUUUUGUUAGAUAACAGGAGCCAGGUGCAAGAUAACGGUAUCGAGCAUUAGCGCAUAGAUAUUCUUCACAGCAACAGUUACAUCUAUCAACUGAAGCGCUUAGGGGGCCGGGACCAGCUCUACGCCAACAAUCAACAACAGGCUGGGUGAGUCUAAACCACGCCCAGUCUCUACUCUGACAGGCCGGCUCAGAAGCAGGAACUAUUUCUGUCAGGGUAUAUUUAUAAUAUCUUUGUCAAGAACAAGUCAGUUCUCUGUUUGCCCUGCGAGGUGGGACAGAGAGCCCGUAUAUACGAAAAUUGCAUUUACCACUUAUUGCUUAGCUAAUAAAAAAUACAUAGUAUACAA